AUGGAGCCGCAAACGUCCCAGAAAAGCCUGCUGGCUGCCAUCGUGGCUGCCGGAGUAUCAGCUUGGUGGUUGUGGCGACAGCGGCGCUGGCGGCGCCUCCCGCCCGGCAGCUCUUGGUCAUUGCCAGUGCUGGGAGAGACUUUGGCUUACGUCCGAGAUCCGCUGGGCUUCAUUGAGGGCAAGCUAUCACAAUACGGUGGCACUUGCAGCUCACACUUGCUGUUUUCGCCAACUGUGAUUCUGGCAGUCACUGACGCCAACACCAAGCUUUUAUUCUCCGAGAAGAACCUGGCCUGGCCGUUACACUUCCGACAGCUAGUUGGCCUGAAGUCCCUCCCCAUGGUGAAUGACCCGCUCCACAAGACGAUUCGUACCCUUAGCUCGCGGGCAUUUGUCGACCGACAGCUUGAUUCUUAUCUGCCAUGCCUGCAGAGGUUGUCUGCCAAGCAGUUGCAGCUUUGGCUGGACGUCGAAGGUCGUUACAUCGAGGGAUCUGCAUCUGGAGAUUACGAAAUAUGCUUUUGA